GCAAAUGUUAUUCUGGGAAGCCUAAAAUGAGCCGUUUAAGCGUCUGCCUGAUGGAUGGUUUAUCUAUCGCUGGCUCCCUCGCUUCCCGCUUUGGACUCAGCAGCAAAUCUAUUAGGUGAAAUUCCAAACCGGUACUCAAAAUUCAUCUGCGGUCCAACUUUUGUGAUCAAAAUGCCUUCUGAUACCUCAGGUUUUUGUCUCUGCGGCGCUUCUGCCUACUCGUAUACAGAUGAGCCGGUCAUGAGGGCUCUCUGCUACUGCACCCCUUGCCGUAAAGUAUCUGGAGGAACCAAUACUGUCACCUUUGCCGUCCCCGAGGAAAAGUUCACCGUCACAAAAGGUCAACCCAAAUCAUAUGCAGUAAAUCACGAGUACGGAAUGGCGCUCAUCAUGUUCUUUUGCCCCGAUUGCGGCACUACCUUAUGGAUGGAGGCUACGGCGCCGCAGUUCAAGGGCCUAAAGCUAAUCCAGGCUGGAACAUUGACGGAUGCGAAGAAACUGAAUGACAAGGUGGAUGCGGAGUUUUAUGUUCUAGAGAGGGCCUCAUGGCUGGUUCCAAUUGAAAAUGCGGCUCAGAGCAAGGACUUUGAGGCUGGGUAGUCUUUGCUCGACAACUUGAAUUACAAGCGUUUUACUAGAGACACACACGGGCUUGACCAGUUGAAGUGUUUCGUCGAAGGCUUGUUCGAGACGCGUUGGUGUUGAUGAAUCGGAAGUCGGGAACGACUAGUAAUUGCUCUGAAAGGGAGAGCUUAACAAAUUCCAGUUCUCAUACCUUUGAAAUUUU